AUGGGUGAAAGUGAUACUGAGAAUCAAGAUAAUGGGGGCGAAAAUGAUCUCAAUCACCAUCAAUUGGCAAUAAAUGAAUUACGUUGGUUUAGCCGUGAUUUGGAAAGUCUUCUUGAGGAAAAGGAUCCCGCAUUGGAUAAAGGUGUAUGUAAAUUUGUCAGAAGCUACAAAAAACAUCGGUCUGCUCAAGAUACCCACAUUCGUCCAGCAGUAGCUUCUUUUCUUGAAACCUGCGAUUGGAAUGCAGGCCGAGUUAAUGGCAAUAUUUAUCAGCGUGGAGGUAAAAGAAUUAAAGUACAAGUUGCUGCAGCUACUAGGCGCAAAAAGGGAUCAACUCGUGAACUUAAAAAAAUGCCACAAGGGCGACCAAAGAAAAAUAGAGAAAAUUAUUUGCAUGAAAUUGAAGAACCAAAUCGGUUCAUUUUGCCUGCGCGAUCAAAGAGAACACGUGUCAAACGUCCACAUGACUUACAGCAAGCUUUGAAAGAAAUACGACCCAAUGGGUAUUAG